GCACGAUGAGCGGGGCCGGGCGGGGCCGCGCGGAGCCCGCGGGCCGUGGCGAGGCGGACGCGGAGAUGCCGGCCACGGAGAAGGACCUGGCGGAGGACGCGCCCUGGAAGCGCAUCCAGCAGAACACCUUCACCCGCUGGUGCAACGAGCACCUCAAGUGCGUGCAGAAGCGCGUGGGCAACCUGCAGACCGACCUGGGCGACGGGCUGCGCCUCAUCGCCCUGCUCGAGGUGCUCAGCCAGAAGCAGAUGGGCCGCAAGUACAACGCGCGCCCCACCUUCCGCCAGAUGCAGCUGGAGAACGUGUCGGUGGCCCUCGAGUUCCUCGAGAGGGAGAACAUCAAGCUCGUGUCCAUCGACAGCAAGGCCAUCGUGGAUGGGAACCUGAAGCUGAUCCUGGGGCUGAUCUGGACCCUCAUCCUGCACUAUUCCAUCUCCAUGCCCAUGUGGGACGAGGAGGACGAGGAGGAGGCCAAGCGCCAGACCCCGAAGCAGCGGCUGCUGGGCUGGAUCCAGAACCGGCUCCCCCAGCUGCCCAUCACCAACUUCAGCAAGGACUGGCAGAGCGGCAGGGCACUGGGAGCACUGGUGGACAGCUGUGCCCCCGGGCUGUGCCCCGACUGGGACUCGUGGGACCCCAGCAGGCCCAUUGAGAACGCGCGGGAGGCGAUGCAGCAGGCGGACGAGUGGCUGGGCAUCCCCCAGGUGAUCACCCCCGAGGAGAUCGUGGACCCCAACGUGGACGAGCACUCGGUGAUGACGUACCUGUCCCAGUUCCCCAAGGCCAAGCUCAAACCGGGGGCCCCCCUGCGCCCCAAACUCAACCCCAAGAAGGCCCGAGCCUACGGACCAG